AUAUCCUACGUCGUCGUAUUACAUGUAGAAAACGUAUGAAAAAUGUAAAUUACAUAAGAAUAUUUUUAAUUGAUAAAAAAAUAGAACCUGUUGAAAGCGUCAAAAAGAAAAAUGAAUAAAUAUUAGAAUGGCGCCAUCUCGAUUGUGAAACAGAGAACUAAAUUUACGAUUCGUCGGUGAAGUGUAUACGUCACUGUUGGUAUUAGUAUUAAUUCAACAUCGUAUGUACUUAAUGUAGUGUUAAUGUUUCGUGUGUUUGGUUGCAACAUCCGUGUGAUUAUUAUUCUCUUUAUUUGAACGUUCAAGACUAAAAAUUAACAAUUCAUAAUUUAAGCUCUUACCUAAUAAACAAACUUUAAAAUGGGGGUAAUAUUUUUGGAACACAUCGGUGGCACGCGUCUUUUUUCUUGUGCUUCCUGUGACACAAAUUUAACAAACCGAGGACAGCUGAUCAGUACUCGUUUCACAGGAGCAACUGGUCGAGCUUUUCUCUUUAACAAAGUUGUCAAUCUUAAUUACAGCGAGGUACAAGAUAGAGUGAUGUUAACUGGACGUCACAUGGUACGAGAUGUCAGCUGCAAAAAUUGUGAUGCUAAACUUGGGUGGGUGUAUGAGUUUGCAACAGAUGAUAAUCAACGAUACAAGGAAGGCCGGGUUAUAUUGGAGCGUGCUCUUGUUACCGAGAGUGAUGGAAUGGGAGAAAAUAUUUAAUACUUAAUAUUUUAUAGUGCACAAUAGAGUUUAAGAUCUGUAUAUGUCUAAAUUCAUUUAUAGUAUAUAAAUCCAUUGCCGUAUAUAUGAAAUAUUUAUCAACUUGUGUCAAUUAUCGGUAUAAGUAUUAAGCAUAUUAUUUUCUUUUUCUUUCUAGUAAAUUAUGUGGAAAUGUCAACUUUUUCAUGAAAUCAAAUUGAUCUUGCCAAAUGUAAAUGUCAAUUGAAAGGUCUUUAUAUAUAUAUAUAUAUAUAUAUAUAUAUAUAUAUAUAUAUAUAUAUAUGUAUGUAUAAAAAAAAAAGAAAGAAAGAAAAGAAAAGAAAGAAAAAAUUUACAAAAAAGAAUGUAUUAUUUAUAUGUGAUUUAUGAUGAUAAAUGUAACAAUGCAAUAUAAUUUGUUAAAGACACUUUCAAACGUUGUAACGAUUUCAUGAUAAAUGUUGAAUUUCAAUUUUAAUAUAUGCGCUUGUACGUUUAUAUUGUGUAAAUAAAAAUUAACAAAUUUUCUUUAGUAACAGAUUGGUCGAUCAAGAAAACUGAAAACAGCAUGAAGAUAUAAAGUGCUACAAUGACAUUUGUGUAAUUGUAAGAACAUGUGCAAUAAUAUGACAUAAUGGUAUUAAAUG